AUGGGCUUCGACCCCAUGCCCCGUGCCCCCCUCGAGCUUCCCGCGUACUACCGCAACGCUAAGGACAGCAACAUCGUGUGCAAGCAGCACGGCAACGUCGAGUGCAAGGCGUGCUUCAACUGGAAGAAGAACAUCACCAAGCUCCACAAGGAGGCCAAGAAGCAGGCCAAGAAGGCCCCCGGCAAGACCACUAACCUCUACUAG